UUUCUUAUUUUUAAUAAUUUUAAUGAUAAUGGUACGUGUCGUACAAGGAACACAUAUUAAAUGUUCUGAUGAAACAAUUAAACAGAUAUUAUCAUUUUUAAAUGAAAAAAUGAAUUUUAUCAUUGAGGAUGAUGGUUUAGAUUUAAUUGUUAAAAGUGAUCAAGUUGAGGAUGUUAAAAUAGAACUUGAAAAGAUCCUGGAAGAAAAUCGACAAGCUACAAGUGGUACUCCCAAAACGACGAAUAAAGAUUAGUAAUGAAAUAAACUGAAUUUGCAGAUACUUUAUGGGAAAUAAAAAAUAUGAUCGUAUGAUCAUUAUGGUUAUAUAUAAUAAUUUUACACACGUUAAAAAA